GGAGGAAGGUGCUGUGUGCAUCUUCCUCGUCUUCUCCAGUAGUGUUGCUCCCCUGAUCUCCCUGUCCCCCACUUUUCAGCUGCCACACAGACACUCUCUCAGGCCCCCAGUAUAUCAUAAUUGAAGAAAAAUGAUGGAAGAGAGUGGGAUAGAGACAACACCACCUGGAACUCCUCCACCAAAUCCUGCGGGGCUGGCGGCUGCCAUGUCUUCCACCCCCAUCCCUUUAGCUGCAACCAGUUCUUUUUCUUCUCCAAAUGUAUCUUCUGUGCAGUCCUUGCCACCGCAUGCAUCCUCUUCCCCUCAGCCGUCCCUUCCUCCUGCGAGGCCUUCAGCAUCAUUGCCUUUUGUGCCCCCUUCACCAGUUCCUUCUGUUCCACCACUUGUCACUGCUAUACCACCUCCUGUUUCUCCACCCGCUGCUGCUGCCUUUAGUAAUCCUCCUUUACCCCACCUCCCAGCUUCAACUUCUGCCCCAAGUGCUCUUCCAUCUGCGCCCCCUUUGGGUCCUCCUACAUCAGGAUUUUCUGUUGGUUCAGCGUAUGACAUUACGAGGGGACAUGCAGGAAGAGCUCCCCAGACACCCUUGAUGCCAUCAUUUUCUGCACCUCCAGUAACAGGUAUUGUGCCAACCCCCAUUACUCAGCAAGCCAGUUUGACAUCUCUGGCCCAGGGAACUGAAACCACAUCAGCCAUUACUUUUCCAGAGGAACAAGAAGAUCCUAGAAUUGUUAGAGAUCAGGAUGAAGCAUCUGCUGGUGGACUCUGGGGUUUUAUUAAGGGUGUAGCUGGGAAUCCUGUGGUGAAGUCUGUGCUUGAUAAAACAAAACAUUCUGUAGAAAGCAUGAUUACAACGCUGGACCCUGGCAUGGCUCCAUACAUCAAAUCGGGAGGUGAACUGGAUAUUGUAGUGACCUCAAAUAAAGAAGUGAAAGUUGCUGCUGUCCGAGAUGCCUUCCAGGAGGUCUUUGGCUUAGCUGUGGUCAUGGGGGAAGCUGUUCAGUCCAAUAUUGCCCCACAACCAGUGGGCUAUGCAGCUGGAUUAAAAGGUGCCCAGGAACGGAUAGAUACCUUGCGUCGAACUGGAGUGAUCCAUGAGAAACAGAUUGCUGUGUCGGUAGAAAACUUUAUUGCAGAAUUGCUUCCUGACAAAUGGUUUGAUAUUGGCUGUUUGAUAGUUGAAGACCCUGCCCAUGGCAUUCACCUAGAAGCAUUCACACAAGCUACCCCACUGCCUUUGGAAUUCGUACAGCAGGCUCAAAGUCUCACUCCCCAGGACUACAAUCUGAGGUGGUCAGGCCUUUUGGUGACAGUGGGCGAAGUUCUGGAAAAGAGUUUAGUAAAUGUCAGCCGGACUGAUUGGCACCUGACUUUCACUGGCAUGUCGCGGCGGCAAAUGAUCUACAGCGCAGCCAAAGCAGUCGCGGGCAUGUAUAAAAAGCGCCUGCCACCCAGGACCAUGUGAGAAGACUUAACCUGGGAUUCUGAGACAUCCUCACUUUGGGCUUGGUGGUACAGAAGAUAUUUAUACCUUCUUAAAUUGGAUAGCUUCAAUGAUCCAGCAGUCUGGGUAAUUUUCCUGCAGGCUGAAGUGUUUCUGGUUUUUUUUUUCCACUUUAAAAAAGCAUGGUGUCAUGAAAAUAAACAGAUCCUUUUUUGAUCAUAUAAUUACAUGUACUAUAGUUCUCAAAGAAAUGUAUAAAUAUUUUUAUAGGAUAACUUGAUAUACCAAAUUUAUAAGGUGCAAAUUCAUGUGUUAAGAAAAUUAACUUAAUGAUAUGUACUUGAUUAUUUUGUUUUUCAUAACAUAGUUAAUGAACAUGUUCAUUGAUUAUUUCUUAAAAGCA